AUGGAUCCCAAUGUCGUCGCUAUCUCUCAAGAGUCAAACUCCUCGUCUGACGCCAUCCGGCUCACGGUACAGAGCAUCGACGGCAAGAAGACCGUGGUCGUGGCGGGUCCACAGGACACUUUAGGCGAGGUGCUCGGUCGCUUCGUGGACGUGGGACCCAGGAGAAGAAGCGACCUCCACGCCGUGCACGAGUGUCGGAACCUCCACCUCGAGGCGAAAAUCAACGAGCUUGACCUCCCGCGCGGCGCCACUUUGCACUUAACCCGAUAUCCCGACGCAUGGAGCCUCGCAUCUCAGAUUGCCGCGGCGGCCACAACUGACAUGGACGUCUCUAACGAAACUGCCGAGUUGUUCAAGAGGUUCAUACAUGACGGUGAAGUCCAAAUUGAUCCACUGGCGCGGCAUCUUGGUGUACCCAACUGCUCAUCGUGGACCGACUUUGAGCAUGUCACCAAGAUGCUUUACACCAGGGACAUCGUCCUGCUCGUCAAGAAGUUCCUCGCAAGCGCCAAAGCUACCAACGAGAGACAAGCAGGGACGGCCGUGGAGUACCUCGACGUCCUCCUCCGCAGCGGUGUCAUCGGGGUUCUGGUCCGCCUCUACUCCUCCGGCUCUAUGCUGCAUCACUUGAGAGCCAAUUCGGCGAUCAUCUGCCUCCUGUAUCCGGAGAUAAGCGGCAUACUCCCUCGCCUUGAGGUGUGCUUUCUCCCACUCUGGUUGGAGUUAUGUCGGUUGAUACCCGCCGCCUCCGGCAAAGGCAGAAGCGACCCGCUCUAUGAGAAGUGUAGGCACAGGCUGGCGGCGGUGCUCUCUUUGUUCGAGCGGACGCCGUCGCUACGCAUGCCGAAGAUGCCUCAAGAGUGGUUGAUCGAGCGGUUAAUACCAAUUGCCAAAGAUGCGACGGACGUGAUCAUUCGCUACAUGGCAGCAGGGUGGGCGGCCCCGGAUGAUAAGCUCUUUGUGUUCAGAGUAUUGUUUGCACUGGUGUGCUACUUCCGGCGCCGGGAGGUUUACGCACAGCGCAAGGACGGUCCUGUGGGAGCGGUGCUGUCCCGGACGGCGAUGUCCCUGCUGAUUUCGGUCAAUGCAUUCAUGACGAGGUUGGAGGGAGCCUCGCCGUCGAAGGAGCAACAGCAGCAGGACGCGACUCACAACAUCUUGCCGGGUUUGGCGACCUUGGAGCAGCACCAGCAGGAUACGGUUGACAGCAUCUGGGUGGUGCUAGGCCAACUGGAUAUGUGGUCCGUGACGGACUGCCACUUGGCCGGCGCCAUCCGGGCCACCUGCACGGCGCACGCGGCGUGCCUGAAUGCGCUCGUGCUCGGCACCAGCGCCGACAGGAGCCGGUGCAAGGACAUCGGCCGGAUUGUCGUCAAGCACAAGGACCUCCUCGGGUUCGAGGUGCGGAUGCAUUUCGCCAGAGCGAUGCUGCCGGAAAUGGACGCAACGUCGUCGGCGUUCAUGCUGUUUGACGAUGAGCCUCAUGCGCUCGAGAUGCUCAUUGAUCGGUCGCAGCUGCUGCCCGACUCCUUCAGAUAUGUCUCCGAGGCAGCGAGCCACGUGCUCCAUGGCCGCCUGUUCGUGGAGUUCCUGGACGAGGAGGCCCUUGGCGAGGGGGUAGCAAGGGAGUGGAUCUCCCUGGUGUGUCGCGCGUUGUUCGACCCGCGGCACGGCCUCUUCUCGCCCUGUCCGCGUGACCAGCAAAGGUUCUUCCUGAAUCCAGCAUCUGGAGCGGAUCCACUGCAGCUGAAGUACUUCGAUUUUGCGGGACGGAUGAUCGGACUGGCCCUGAUGCACAAUGUCCCGGUGGGGGUUCGGUUUGACCGGACGCUCUUCUUUCAGCUAGCCGGGAGGCCUCUCACCCUGGAUGACAUUGCAGACGCAGACCCAAGCACGCAUGCAAGCUGCAAGAAAAUCCUAGAGAUGGAUCCUGAUCUCGUCGAUUCAGACGCGCUGGGUCUCACAUUUGCGAGGGAAGUUGGGGUAUUUGGCUCAGGGGAGGUCAUCGAGCUCCUUCCGGGAGGGAGAGAUAUCGCUGUCGAUAGCAAGAACAGAGGCCAGUACAUCGAGCUGUUGAUCCAAAGUCUCUUCAUGGCCAGCACCAAAGAUCAACUAACUCAUUUCGCUAAGGGGUUUUCCUACAUGCUCGUAAAGCCGGAGUUGCGGAAACUUUUCUUCCUGAGCUUGCAUUUGAAAGAUCUUGACAGUAUGCUGGGCGGGCGCAUCGGCGCCAUUGAUGUGCAGGAAUGGAAAGAAUAUACCAGAUAUGAGGGGGGGUUCACCCAACAAGAUGAUCAGAUCAACUGGUUCUGGGAGGCCGUGGCGAGCAUGAUGGUUGAAGAGCAGAGACGAUUGCUCUUCUUCUGGACCUCUGUCGAGUAUUUGCCAUUUGACGGUUUCCGUGGGCUACACCUAGGUAGUGGUCUAGUCAUAUCUAAAGCAUCAUUGAAGACCUCGGAGCAUCUCCCUUCAUCGUCCACCUGCUUUUACCGACUGAACAUGCCAGUGUAUACCUCCUUCUCCAUGACGUUGAGCCGGCUACAGAAGAUCACCCAGGAGCAUGUGAGCAACAGCUUUGGUGAGAUCUAA